AUGGAUUAUGAUGACUUGUGCAUUCAUCCAAACAUUGACAUGCCGGUAGGGUACAAACCACCGAAGUUUGACAUGUUCGAUGAAAAGGGUGACCCUCACGCACAUUUAAGGGCAUACUAUGACAAAUUAGUCGGUGUUGGGAGAAAUGAGAAGUUGAAGAUGAGGUUGUUCAUUCGGAGUCUGUCUGGAGAAGCAUUAACCUGGUAUACCCGCCAACACCCUCGCAAAUGGUGUGACUGGCAGGAAAUGGUUGAGGACUUCAUGACUCGUUUUAGAUUCAAUAUUGAAAUUACUGCUGACAGAUUCUCAUUGGCCAAUAUACAGAAGAAGCCAUCUAAGAAUUUCCAGGAAUAUGCACGAUGUUGGAGAACUGAGGCCGCAAGGGUGCAACCAACACUAGAUGAGAGUGAGCUUUCGAAGUACUUUAUUCGUGCUCAAGAAGGCAUCUACUUCGACAAGAUGAUGUCAAUGAUGGGUCAGAAGUUUGUAGAAUUGGUCAAGAUGGGAGACUUUAUAGAAGAAGGUGUUAAAUCUGGGAAGAUUCAGUCUAUGGUCUCAUUGCAAGCUGCAAGUAGGGCUAUACAAUCGAGUUCCAUUGGCGGCAUCAAAAAGAAAAGGGAGGAUGUUUCUGCUGUCACCUACCAACAAGGAGGACCAUCCCACCGAUACCCCAAUAAUCCCCAAAUCACUAUGCAUACUUCAUACGUCCCAGUGUAUAAUACCCAACCACACUAUAAUCCACUCUGA